AUGGUUGACAAUAUACAUAAUGUUGCUGAGUUCUUCUGUCUAGCCAGCAAAAGUGCCGUAGUUUUGUCUUGCCAGCAAAUCUGCGGUGGGGUCUUUUGGGUGGCGGCGGUUCUAAUCUCUUUCCUGCCUCCGGGCGUGUUUGAAACAAGCGAGAGGGUUUUUCAUUGGUUGAUCAUUGGCCAGCAACAGAUACGAUCAGCAACAGUGAUUCUUAAGCAUUAUGACUGGUAUAAAACGUCGACAUGCGUCUCAUUAGGCAAACGAACGCGUCAAUUAAACAGAAGAUUUCGACGGGUUGUCACACCUUCUCAGAAAGCAAAAAGAACAGUGUCAGAGUUACAAUGUGAUGACUACGUCUUGUUUGUGGUCCGACGUGAUCAAGUUAUUCAAGAAAACUGGGGAAUCAAGGGAAGAGUGUAUGCAUUAAAAGAAUGUUGA